UCUUCCUCUCACGCAUAAAUCCGAGCGCACAUUUACACACGCACAAGCACUGACACUGGUAUGGUGUAAGCACUUUUUCUAUGUUUAUUUUUUUUAAAUUAAUAAUAGAUGGUUAGUGUCGAUGGUCCUAUAUUUUUCUAUGUAAGCUUAUACCUGCACCGCACACGGAUCCGAAAAUAUGAUAGGUCCUGCAGUGCAAACAAAUGUCUGGACAACAACAAUGAAAACGUAAGGAAUUGUAUUACACGGAGAGCAUGAAGAUAAAACGGAAUUGUCACUCCUAACGCGCAGCAGGCCUUUAUUUGUCCACAGAAAACCGGGAUAAAUACUAUUGCAGCUUUGUGUAGACCCAGAUGCCUCCACUCCCUAUUGGCGAGCGCAUAGUGGUUAUUCAGCGCCCUAAAAACUUGGCCCUACAUGGGCCCUCCCCACAGACCUCACCACAGCCUCACUCCCAUAUAACAGCCCUCAGCAACAAACCUCUCUCCCGCCCUUCUCAUCCCCACCCUCCUCAGUCCCACCCUAAUCCUCACUCCCAGAAUUCACUGUCUUUGGAAUGCAAGAGCAGAUCAUCAUCCCGUCUGCAGAAAACCAAGGGCAACAAGGCUAUCGUGUCAGAGGGUGUCAGACACACCGCUAGCCACUGUCACAGCAACGGGACCGUGACUCUUGGCCCUAGACCCCACCAACACACACACACCAUCGACAUCAAGCUAUCCGUGAACAAAGGAACAAAAGGACAAGGGCACAGCAACACUUUAGGUCGCAGUGGGAGUGUGAAGGUGGGCAAAAAAAGGGUCUCGUUGUGCUUGGAUCCCGGAUACGGGGAGAGAAAAGCUGGGGGAACAUCAGGGAAGCCUGGAGGAGCAGUGCAGCAACUCCAAAACCACCCACAGAACCAGAUCAAGGCCUCACUAGGCAAUCACCAUCAGAAUCAUCUGGCUGUGUCCGCAGGAGGGGUUCUAGAAUUUGUCCCAGCCCAGAGACAGCAGUCCAAGUCCAGAAGAGAGAAGGCGCAGGACGCAGCUUCCAAAGUCUGCUCUGCCAGCUUCCCCCCCAGAGGUGCCCGGGAAGUGCCCUGCGUGGGUAACAAAGAGAAUUCCAAACUGGGACCUGUCCAUGAAAACCCCAACGCCCACAGCCUGCCCCGCCACCACAACUCUGUUCCUGUUCCCCAUGCCUCUGUCCUAAACUCCCAUUACCCUGCUUCCCCUCCCUCUCACCAACCCUGUGCUUCUACCUCGUUCCAGCAACCCCUCAACAAGCCCCAUCCAUCCCGUGGCAGGGACCAUCGCCCUCAGAUCCUUCACGGCCUACCCCUCUCCCCCUGUUCCUCCCGUGGAGGUUUCCCCAGCCCAGACCACACCUGUACCAUCGACUUCUCCCAUCCCUUCAGCUGUGGCUGCUGGAAGCUGGUCCGCUGCAGGGGGGCCAGGGGACGUUCUGCUGGCUGUCAGGGGGGUGGGGGGAGUCCAUCUUCUUCUUUUUCCUGCGCCCACGGCCACAGGGUUGGAGGGGUGAACCACAGAGGGGGCUCAGCAAUGGGUUUAAGAACUCUGGGGGGAUGUUUGUCCACAGCCUCCACCACCAACACCUCAUCCUCCAACAGCACUGUGUCGGACUACCGGACGGGCUUGCUCAGACCCCUGCGAUGUGCCUCCUGCUCCGGGGAGGCUGGUGCCUUUGAGAGUCCUGCUGCAUUCCGCAAAAAACUGGUGGGGGGAUGCCUGCCCUGUACCCCACUAUCCUCCUCAGCCCCGCUGCGAGCCUUACAGAGUUGUGUGAGUGGCUGCAACCCCAAAGCCAGUCAGGGCGGAAGCUCUACAUGCAGUUAUUGUAGCAGCGACCCCAUAGUGGUGACCUUCAACCCCCACCGGGGCAGAAAGCCCCCCGGGAUGGGGAGGGGUAUAGUGUCAGGGCACCCCAUGGGGGUAUUCCCCGCCGAUGACGAUGAUUACAGUGUGCGCACAAUCUGGCCCGAGGAGCUGGCGAAGAAGAUGACCAGGUCUAAAACUCAACAGAACCACCAGAGCUGUGCCGGGAUGGGGAUGGGAAUGGGGAAGACAUGUGCCGGUCAGAAUCAGAACAGCAGCAACGGAACCAGCCCUGUUAUACUGGACUGUAAGAACCUGUUGGAGUUCACCCGGAAUCAGAUAACAGACCACGCUGGCCGCCGCCGGCUUCAGCAGGGCAAGAUGGCAGUCCUGGAUUUCAUUGGGUCUGGGUCUGGGCCUGGGCGAGAUCCAGGCCGGGACUCGCUGAAGAGGCUCUGGAAGAAAGGUGGGGAGACAGGGAUGGUGGAUGGCAUGGGGCAGGAAGACGAUAUGGCAUACCCUCGCACCCCCUCCCCCCGCUCUCCCUCUCCCCAAUCCCCUUCUUCCUUCUCAACAGCACCGUCAGUUCCCAGCACUCUCCUCAAACCCAAACCAAGACAGAGAGAUGCAGAGGGACGGUAUUCCCUCCCCUCCGCCCCGUCCCUCCACCUGGUCCUAAACUCAGUCAACAGAGAGCAGGAUGAGGAGAACGGCAGAGUGCACCUCACUCUGCCGCUCUCCUCCUCGCUCCCGGCUUCCCUGUCAGAUGAGAGUGGGAUGACCCCUGACGUGGAGAAUGCGGUGGUGAGCCCCAUCCUGCCCUUCCUUUUCCUGGGCAACGAGAGGGACGCCCAGGACCUGGACCUACUGCUGCGUCUCAACAUCGGCUACGUGGUCAAUGUCACCACACACCUGCCCCUCUACCACCUCGGCUCCAGCCUGAUACACUACAAACGACUGCCGGCUACCGACAACAGCAAGCAGAACCUGCGUCAGUACUUUGAAGAGGUGUUUGAGUUCAUUGAGGAGGCACACCAGAGUGGGCGUGGAGUGUUGGUUCACUGUCAAGCAGGCGUGUCCCGCUCGGCAACCAUCAUCAUCGCCUACCUGAUGAAGCAUACCCUGAUGACCAUGACGGAUGCCUACAAGUACGUGCGGGGCCGUCGUCCUGUGGUGUCUCCUAACCUCAACUUCAUGGGUCAGCUACUGGAGUUUGAGAGGGACCUCAAUUCCGGGGUCACUCCUCGCAUCCUGACCCCCAAACUCAGCGGCCUGGAGACCCAGGUCUGAGAGUGGGAGACUGAUUAGAGGGACAGAAUGGAGGGAUGGAGGAAACCCGCAUUGGGCGAGCCAUAGUUUUGUGAAGGAGAAAUGAAAGGUAGAAUGAUGAAGAAGGGAACGCUGAUUAACAGAUUGUCCCUAUUGGCAUAGAUGAUGAAUUGAUGAUUGAAAUAGUGCACUUCUAUAGAUUAUGGGAGAAAUAAUUUGAUUGGUUAUUUUAUAAAUAGUCUCAUUUCUGGCCAACCUGAUCUUCAUCCAAUUCCAUUUGUAAUUUUGACCAUUUUUAUACAAUGCUUAGAUAUCUGACAGAUAAGGGGGCAGGUAGACUAGCGGUUAAGAGCGUUGGGGCAUUAACCGAAAGGUCACCGGUUAGAAUCUCAGAGUUGACUUAGUGAAAAAUAUUCUGAUGUGUCCUUGAGCAAGGAGCUUAACCCUAAUUUCUCCUGUAAGUCGCACUGGAUAAGAGCAUCUGCUAUAUGACUUAAACAUGUAAAUAUUAUCUCCCAUGAUCCACUGUGAUCAGAUGACUCAUUUGAUGCUUGUGGUUUAUAGCAUUACAGAAACUAAGGAAGUGCAAUGAGUCCUGGUCUGACACAAGGCCAUUUACAAAAUCAAUAAUGCAUGCAGAACCAGAAUAGAAACAACUAUAGUGACACCCCACCAUUAAACUAUGAUAACCCUAUACAUAGCUCCAGAAAGGUCAUUCCAAUGCAUUUUAACCAUCAAAAUGUUUGGUUGUUUAGAAUAUUGCCUCUCAACUGAAGUGACACAGUCCCAGAGGACAGCUGAUCUUGCCAUAUUGUUGGUUUAGUUCUGUCUUUCCUAACUGGAUUGUAAAUGUAAAUGUCAAUGUCAUUUUUUUUUUACUCUUGUGAGAAUUGUUCAAUAUAGCAUUGUGUGACUGGUGGAGGAGUGAGCGGAUUUAAUUGUGCCAAUUCUUAGAGAAAUGGGUUGAAAUCAGAAACCUACAACACUGUGGAUGAAACCUGAGCUGGUGUCAAUAGAAGGAUGGUAAAUAGAAGCAGCAAUGAUACACAGGCAACGUUGAACAGAUUCAGCAGACUGUUACUGAACUGAACUUAGUCAUGGAUCUAUCCAUGUUGUCUUUCCAACAGACAAUGGUUGGAAAGAUAUAAGAAGAUGAACCCUACACUCUUAGAAAGAAGGGUUCCAAAAUGGUUAUUUAGCUGUCUCCCCCCUCCACCCUUUUUGGUUCUAG